UCUCUCUCUCUCUCUCUCUCUCUCUCUCUCUCUCUCUCUCUCUCUGUCUAUCUACCUCUUUCUAUCCCUCUCUCUUAGCUGCUUUUGUGGAAGACGGCUUGCAUGCCAAAGCUGCUUUACUUCAGAAAGUCUUGGAGGUGUAAAAAGGAUCCAACAUAGACUGGAUCCCAUUUUUGUAUCGUUUUUCAAGGACUGCUCAUCCAUGUUUCCUGUUUAUCUGAUGGAUAACCCGAAGAAAACGACACAAUCUGGUACAUAGGUAAAAUAUUUUUCAGUUUGUUUGCAUUGCACCCAGAGGAACUGUUUUAAUCUAAUCUUUUUUAAAUGCACAAUAUGGCACAUCCUAGUCACUCUACGAGUUGCAGAAGUGAGCUCGUGCUCUUCCAGAUUAAUUAGCUGACAGUGGAUCCCAUUAUUAUUAGAUAUUAAGCCCAACCCCAUUUUUUUAUCCACUAUAAACGACUGUUUUUUGUAUCCUGCCAUCUUUCUGUUUAUUUUGAGAGAACCAUGGCUGAUAAAGUCGGCCUCGGAGUUCCACAAAUGGGCUCGCGUUCAUCCAAUUCGCUUCCUCCAGAGCCCAUCGAGAUCAUCCGCACCAAAGCCCGCACCAGAAGAGUGCGGAUCAACGUGGGAGGCCUGAACCAUGAGGUUCUAUGGCGAACUCUGGACCGGCUCCCACGCACACGUCUGGGCAAGCUGCGUGACUGCAACACGCAUGAGUCGCUCAUGGAGGUGUGCGACGAUUACAGCUUAAACGAGAACGAGUAUUUUUUCGACCGGCAUCCGGGCGCUUUCACGAGCAUCCUGAACUUCUAUCGCACUGGGAAGCUGCACAUGAUGGAGGAGAUGUGCGCGCUCUCGUUCGGACAGGAGCUCGAUUACUGGGGUAUCGAUGAGAUUUAUCUGGAGUCGUGCUGCCAGGCGCGCUACCAUCAGAAAAAGGAGCAGAUGAACGAGGAGCUGAGGAGGGAAGCAGAGACACUGCGUGAGAGGGACGGAGAGGGGGAGUUUGACCACUCCUGCUGUCCUGAUAAGAGGAAGAAACUGUGGGAUCUUCUGGAGAAGCCGAGCUCCUCAGUCGCUGCAAAGAUCUUGGCCAUCAUCUCCAUCCUCUUUAUCAUCCUCUCCACUAUCGCCUUGUCCCUGAACACGCUACCUGAGCUCCAGGUGACAGAUGAAUAUGGGCAGGCAAAUGAUAACCCUCAGCUGGCACACAUCGAGGCUGUCUGCAUUGCCUGGUUCACCAUGGAGUACCUGCUGCGCUUCCUUUCUUCACCCAACAAGUGGAAAUUCUUUAAAGGACCUCUAAAUGUGAUUGAUUUGUUAGCCAUCUUACCUUACUACGUCACUAUAUUUCUGACCGAGUCGAACAAGAGCGUGCUGCAGUUCCAGAACGUGCGGCGAGUCGUCCAGAUUUUUCGCAUCAUGAGAAUCUUGAGGAUCCUUAAGCUAGCCAGACAUUCAACCGGACUCCAGUCACUUGGCUUUACGCUCAGGCGGAGCUAUAAUGAGCUCGGCCUGCUCAUACUGUUCUUAGCGAUGGGAAUUAUGAUAUUCUCAAGCUUGGUGUUUUUUGCAGAGAAAGAUGAAGAUGCAACAAAAUUCACGAGUAUACCAGCUUCAUUCUGGUGGGCCACUAUCACCAUGACAACCGUUGGAUAUGGGGAUAUCUAUCCACAGACUCUGCUUGGUAAAAUAGUCGGCGGGCUUUGCUGCAUUGCAGGCGUAUUGGUGAUCGCGUUACCGAUUCCCAUCAUCGUCAAUAACUUCUCCGAGUUCUACAAGGAGCAAAAACGCCAGGAGAAAGCCAUCAAGAGACGAGAGGCAUUAGAAAGAGCCAAGAGAAACGGCAGCAUUGUCUCAAUGAACCUGAAAGAUGCAUUUGCCAGGAGCAUGGAGUUAAUGGACGUUGUGGUGGAGAAGAGUGAAGACAAAGCUUCCUUCGAUAAUCACCUGUCUCCAAAUCGGUGGGGAAUUCCGAAGCGUGCUUCCUCGGAUGCCAGUUUAAGAACGUUUGAUAGAAAGAUGGGAUCACGGGAGUGUUUUAAGAGCUCAAGUCCACAGCACCUUAAUGUGCAGAAACUAGAAGAAAUAUACAACCAGAUGAGCAAGACACGAUCCUUAUCCGAGCUCGACAAAAAUCUGAGUGCUGCUGGGUCAAAGCAGGAUGCACAGAAUGCCAAAUCUAAUCGACAACGGAAUAGACCUGCUUCGGAUAUACCACAAAUGACGGGCAUUGACAACUUUGCGAGCUGCACUGCUGAACUCAGAGGAGCCAACAAGUCUAUCCCUUCUUCUAACACGGCAGCUCAGCUUGAGCAAAAUCAGACUGAAGUGCCUCCACUUUGCUACAAGAACUCAUCAUCAGACACACCCAAAAUCAGUCCAGAAGAGGAUGAACAGUUUGAUUACAGGUCUAAAAACCUAGUUAACCAAGUAGCAUCCAAAGAUGAUGAUGAGUGCGUUGUGGAGAACACCACAAGUUUGGUGAAAAGUGGUACUCCAGUUGAGACAACCUUCCAAAUUAGUCCUGAACGGAGAAGCCAAUUCAAUUACUCACCUAAUCAUGAAAUAAUGUAUAAGAAAGCUAUUGUGGACAACGCAACAUUUUUAAUUCAGAGUGUUAACCCAGACAUGACUGUACAUUUUCUAGGAAAAUCAGAUCCUCUAACACCCCCAAGCACUUCCUCUGCUCAGGAACUCAGCAUCAGUUUUAUGGAAGACAACGACUCACUAAAGCAACAGUGCUCACCACUUUUUGCAGAAUCAGUAACUUUAGCUAGAAUCUCAGAACAAGGACAAAUCGUUUCUCCAAAGCUUCCGGUUGGCGAUUUCCAUCCAAAUGAGACUUUAUCGCUUCUCGAGGAACACGAGCGAGCGUCCACGGAGGAGGACAUUGCUGGCACUUUGGAUCGUUCACCCAAAUUUACUGCACAAAACUGCACUCAGGAUGGAGUAGAUGACAGCGCAGAGGGAAAAACUGAAAGCAACCAAAGUGGACACAAAGUAGAGAAUCACAUGUUUACGCCAGAGAUUCAUCUCAUGCCUGGAGAUGGGGAUAUUUCACAAACUAGCAUGUGAAUCAGUGGAAGGUGGAGAAAAAAGCAUGGAGGUGUAGCAAAAGAUAUUUUUGCAUGGCAUGAAAAUGAAAAGGUCAUUAUAAUUGUGGCAUUGUCUGCAGGAAAACAGUCUUCAUGGGGGAAAAAAAAGCGUAUUUAUUUAAAAAAAAAAAAUUUUACGAUCCUGCUGAUUUAUACAGACUCAAUGACGGACAAGAAAGUGCAGAGAAAGAGCAUGCAUUAAAAACAUAUGUUUACGGUGCUUAGUUUGCUAAAAGCGCUUCACUGUAAAUACACUGAGGACUGAAUGAUGCACACAGACACAGAGGACAAGUGAAACUCAAAUCCAACUUAUUUAUUAAUACCGUGCUUCAAAGACUGAAAAGUUGCAAAACAGCAACGUACUGAAACAUAUCAUUACACAGUAAUGCAAUGUGUACCAUGACAGAGCUGUCUUUUUUUUUUUUUUUUAAGAAUAUUGUCUGUGAUAUAAGCAACAUUUUGACUGGUAAUUUGCAAUUUGAGUUCAUUACAGAUUUAAUGACCAGAAAUGAACGGUCACGCCUGUUCAGAAAUAUUUACACGAGCAGAUUUUCUUACUUAGCCAGCUAGCUAGUUUGGGAUGUCAAUGAAUGUUAUGCUAGCACAUCAGACUGCUAGCAUAAGUCAGAUUUUGAAUGUGAAUGAUCAUGUUUGACAGACAUUUUUUAGCAACACUAAACAUGACCAUGAUAAAUUGUUAAUGUAAUUCUGUACAUCUCACCUGUUCUCAUUUUCCACUCACGUAUGCUAGCUAGCUUUAUAGAUAGCUUCAUUUCUAGUUAUAGCAGCUAGCAUAACGCUGAGCAGGAGAAGUACUGUAAUACUGAACUAGUAGAAAUUUUAAAUAGACACAUGGACAACUUCAAUUAGUUUUAAUAAACUGAACCUUUAUAUGCCGUUAAAAAGUUUGAAUGUAAUCUCACUCACUGCCCACUUUAUUAGGUACACCUGCAGUAUAUUCUUGGAGUUAUACAAUCAGCCAUUCCUGUGGCAGCAGUGCAAUGUAUAUAAAUCACGUAUACACACAUCAAGAGCUUCAGUUAACAUUCAAAUUAAACAGCAGAAUGCAGAGAAGUGGGAUCUCUGUGACUUGGUUUGGGUGUUAGUAUCAGAUGGGCUGGUUUGAGUAUUCUAGAAACGGCUGAUAUGGGAUUUUCACAUACAUCAGUCUCUAGAGUUUAUACAGAAUGGUUCAAAAAAACAUAAAAAAGCAUCCAGUUUGAAGAGGGAUGUCAAAGGAGGAUGGCCAAACUGGCUUGAACUGACACAAAGGCUAUAAAAUGACUCAAGUUACAACUUUGAACAACCAUGAUGAGACCUUGAGCUGGCUCACUGAAAACUUUACAGCUGAAGAUAUGAACACAAUGGCUGUUUUUCUGAUCUUCAGCUGUUCAGUCUGUUUGUCUCUGCGCUCUGUGUAGUCUCCGAGUCCUGUUUUGACUAACAGGAGUGGAAAACCUGACAUGUUUUUUUGUGAAUUUUCGAUGCUUUUCUGCUCAUCACGGUUGUAAAGAGUGAUAAAUUAACUUCCCAGUCUUGAUUUAACUCUGAUCUCUCUACUGAUCAUUCUGUUUUAUCCUUGUUUUUUGUUUUUCACACCAUUCUGGGUAAAUUCUAGAGACUGUUGUGUGUGAAAAUCCCAAGAAAACCCAACUGUUGAGCAAAUUCAAACAAAGUCAAAGUAUCAUUUUGCGCAUCAUUGCAAACCUUAUUUUGAUCCUGGACACAGUUUUGCCAGAACUUCGUGCCAAGUUAAAGCGGUGUCAAGCUGUUUUAAUGAAUUUUUUAGAUGUAUUAUGGUGCUCGA